GCCCCUCUGUCUGCCGCAGACGGUGGCUUCACCAUGGACCUUGGCCCCGAGAUGUACAAUAUGCCCUUGCAGCCAUACGAUGCCAUGCCCUUUGGCACCAUUGUCCCCUCACAAAUCUCCACCACGGCUCUUGACGACGCCGCCUCGAGCAUACACUCGUGGCCAAUGUCCCCAGCUAGCCAUCCUGCCACAUUUUCCGACAUUGCCAGCGCGUCUACACACACCAGCCCUGGCGAAAUCAUGCCCGAGCCCUCGUCUUCAGGACUAAGACGCCACAGCCACCACCACCUUCAGCAGCAACAGAGCCCGGAAAAAUCACAGCUCGCCGGCACGAAACGCAGGCACAGCGAGAUCCACGUGCACAGCAUAGCAUCGUCAG